GUCCCCAAAUACUUGUCACAACAGUGGAAUAAAGCUUCAGGAAGGGGUGAAGUGGGAAAACUAAGGAUUGCCAAAAAUCAAGGAAGAACAGAAGUGUCAUUUACUUUGAAUGAAGAGCUUGCAAGCAUCAAUGAUAUUGGAGGAAAACCUGCUUCAGUCAGUGCACCAAGGGAACAUCCGUUUCUUUUGCAAAGUGUGGGAGGACAGACCUUAACAGUGUUCACAGAAAGUUCAGUAGGUAAGUUAGAAUUAAAGUUACUUGUUACGAUUCCAGUAUACAUGAUUUCAAUAAACUGGCUGCUGUAA